AGAGAGAGAGAGAGAGAGAGAGAGAGAGAGAGAGAGAGAGAGAGAGAGAGAGAGAGAGAGAGAAGCCAUGGUGUCCAAGGUGCAGAAGAGAGCAUCAGUGUCCAAGAAACUGCAAUCCCUUCGUUCCAUCUCUAACUCCCAUGCGCACAGUAAAACCUCAAUUAUAUUGGAUGCAUCCAAGUAUAUACAAGACUUAAAGCGAAAACUGGAGCAAAUGAAUCAAGAGAUCAUUGCCGCAGCGCGUAGCUCAUCUGCGGCGCAAAAUCCCUUCCCGCAACUCAAAGUUGAGCCUCGAGAGGGAGGCUUUCUUAUCAAGCUGUUCGCUGAAAGGAGCUGCAGUGGGUUGCUUGUUUUCAUAUUGGAAGCUUUUGAGGAGCUAGGCCUUGAUGUGCAUCAAGCUAGGGUUUCUUGUUCCAACAAUUUUCUUCUAGAAGCAGUUGGAACAAUUAAUGAUAAUCAAAGUGCUGACCAGAAAGAUGCUCAGGCAGUGAAAGAAGCGGUGUUGCAAGCCAUUCAAAACUGGAGUGAAGUUACCCAACAAGAAUAAUAAUGCAAGCAGACUCUCAAUUCUUGAACUCAUCGUUUUCUACUUUCCUUUUUCAGAAUUAAUGUCCUCUCUCUCUCUC